AUGAAGCAUUCGUUUCUGUUCGGCCACCUCCUCGUCGUCCGACAGUUCUAUAAAGACUGGGCAUCGGACGCGAACUUCAUUCAAACGUUUGGGUACUACAUUAGUAAACACUGGGCCCAAUUCUUCCCCGAAGAAAGAUCCUGCCCUCCAGUGGUGUAUGUUGAUGUCUGGCCUAUAGCGACACCCAUGGCCUUCUCGCUUGAAGCAUAUGUGUCUAAUCAGAUUGAGCUGGGGAGAAGUCUACCAAAGUCUCCUAUGCAAGGUGAAUUCUUGCGACCGAUCAGCAAUGGCAAAGACUUGAACUGCAUGCAUGGCGAGGAAUGGCGCAUGUGGCGAUCGAGACUCAAUCCCGCAUUCAGUAAAAGUAAUAUCAGGUCCUGGGUGCCUUGCGUCGUGGAAGAAGUCGAAUCAUUCGUGGCUGUUCUGCAAGGCCUUGCCGUUGAAAACGGCGGCUGGGGGCCUGUAUUCCAGUUGGAGAAAGUAUCCGGGGAUCUGGCCUGUGACAUUACAGGGCGUAUUGUUGUCAAUGAGCAGUUCAGAUCUUUAUCGUCACGCCCAGCGCCGUUUGCUCGUUUGUAUCGACGGCAAUUGGAGGAAAUGGAGAUUACGAUGAACAUCUUCAAGCUCAUCUGGAGGGCGACGCCCCUAUUCAAGUGGCAUGUCGCUCGGAGACGCCACACACUAUUCGAUGAGCUUCGACCAUUGAUCUUUGCGAGCAUGGAUAGUACCACGGAACAGCCGUGUACUGUUGCACAAUCGGCCUUGAAGCAGGAUGCGGUGACUACAAUAAAACCGCAGCUCCUUUCAUGUCCAGUCGAUGCGGAUCUCAUUGAGCAAGUGUGCUGCCAGUUGAUGAUCUUCUUCUUCGGCGGGGAAGACGCAGUCUCAAUUGUAAUACCGUGGAUGGUGAAUCGUUCGGCGGCCAAUUCAGAAUGCCUAGACAAGAUUCGUGUCGAACACGAUGCUGUUCUGGGCCCAGACCCCAGCCUGGGUUUGGAUAAGAUUCGAGAGUCACCGCACCUGCUCGAUUCUCUACCAUACUCCCACGCUGUCAUCAAGGAGACAUUGCGGCUGAACCCUGCCACUAUUACCAUCAGGGAGGGCCAACCAGACUUCACUCUUGAAAUCAAAGGAUCAGACAAACGAUGGCCAACGGACGGAUUUGAUCUCUUUGACAGUUCGAUCACAAUCCACCGAGACGAGAAGAACUUUUCACGGCCACUGGAGUUCCUGCCCGAGCGAUAUCUUGUUUCUGAAGGUCACGAGCUUCAUCCACCCAAGAACACAUGGCGUGGCUUUCAACUCGGACCCAGGCAGUGCAUUGGCCAAGAAUUGGCUACUGUACUCUUGAAACUCGUCCUGAUCUCUGUCGUCCGUACAUUCGAUGCCGAGCUAGCUUGGGCCGAUUGGGAUACCGAACAGGAACGUAAAGGUAUGAAGAGUCAUCCGGUAUGUGUUGACGGCGAUAGGAUGUACACAACCGGCAGGGCAACAUCGCAUCCUAAAGAUGGUGCACCCGCCCACGUCAGAACGAGGUGCUAA